AUGGCGCAGGAUAUGCCCCCCCGGGGCGGAUACGAGCCCAUCCAGUACAAGCGAAAUCUCCCUGCCAAGGGCUUCCGUCCGGGUGUUUUGCUGAUGGGAGCGGGGGCAAUCAUGGGCUUUGGCUGGUACAAGCUGAUCGUCGGUAUACGCGAGGCCAACGAGCUGGCCCGUGAAAAGAUGUGGGCGCGCAUCAAUCUGAUCCCCCUGCUGCAAGCCGAAGAAGACCGCGACCAAGUCCGGAGAUACUGGGCCGACCAGGCGCGCGAGAAGGAGCUGCUGGGUGAGAACACCAAGGUGUACAACAACGAAAGGCGAUUUGUGCGACCGACCCUUGCCGUCUCGCCUCCGCCUCUGAAAUAA